CCAGGAACGACCGCCCCAAACCAACAAAAGAGUGCGCCCCUUCCACCACAACAAUGGCCACCAAAGCGCCCCUCCGCUCCCUCCAGGCGAUUGCCCAACGCCCUUCCCUCUGCAGCGCUUGCACGCCCCUCUCCUCCCUCGCGUCCCGGGUCGCCCCCGCACAAGCACAGAAGCUGUUCUCCACGAGCGCCGCGCGCGCGGAGGAGCUGAGCGAGAGGCCGCGAUGGUCGUUUACGCCGGAGAAGAUGAAGGCGCCGUUCCAGCCGCGUGUUAAGAACCCGCAGAUGGCGUUUUCGGUUAAUGAGGAUCCGGCGCUGUUGGAUGCUAUGUAUACCAAGUUUUUGGGUGUGGGUGGGGAGAAUGCGCUCACGGAUGAGGUGAAGUGGCUUGCGGUUACGCAUAAGAGCUUUGAUCAGGGGAGGAGAGGGUUUAACGAUAAGCUGGCUUUUUUGGGGAAGAGGAUUCUUGUGCUUCAGGGCACGACGGUGCUGCUUACGUCCCAGGCACCGCCUCCUCCAUCGACAGAUACUUAUAACCGCGAACCCUUCAACCACCCAUCCCUCGAUGGCCUUGCCAAGGUCCAGGCAGUCGACCUUGGGGACGUGCUGUCCAAGCAGAGAGUAGGACAACUCGCGCGCUCAUAUGGCAUCGACCAGGUCACAAGGUGGAAGCCGAGAAACCCGCUGAGACUAGGAGCAUCCGGUGUCGAUGUCGUCCUGACGACUUCCGUGUACGCUAUAAUCGGAGCACUGGCGUUACAGAAGGGCGGCGAAUUCGCCGGCCAGGUCGCGAGAGAGAAGGUCCUGAAGCCCUUGAGUCUGUUGUAGGCGAAGCGGUUGUGUAUUAUACAUUUUAUGAGCAUUUAUUGGCGUCUGGAUGUUCGAGUAUUGUAAAUUAGAAUAUAGAUAUUGAAUGUUCAAAAGAUUUAGUUUGACUCUGGAUAAUGGGGAGAAUCAUCAAACGGGACACUAUAUUUAACUUU